AUGGAGAGGUUCGAGGCACAUUAUGUGCCUAAGGUGGAGCAGCAGCGGAUGCAGCAAGAGUUCAUGGCCUUACAGCAAACUGUCGUGUCUGUUAGCGGCUUGAACGCCAAGUUCUUGGAGAUGCUAUCUUUUUGUCCCUCGUUUGCUAGGAACGAGGCCUGGUUGGUCAGCCGAUACACUGCCAUUCUACGUACCGAAAUUCGAGAAUUCGUUAGCAUGCAGGAGUUCCCGACUUUAUCCGCGAUCAUGGAUGUAGCGAGGAGGAGGGAAAUCGAGUUGCAUACCCAGUCCAAGAGGAAGGCCAAUGACACCUCCUCCAAGACAUCCAGAGAUGCCCAGAAAAAGCAAAAGCAGGGUGGUAAGUCAAGGUAUGAGUACAGGGCGUCUUCAGGUCCGGGCGAGAAAAAUCCGUUGAUAUGCUACAACUGCAAAAAGCUAGGGCAUCAUUGGAAGAAUUGUAGGGCUCCCCCUGUGAGUGCAGUUCCUCAGAUUACUUCUGCUGCUCCCGUCUGCUAUCACUGCAACGACACAGGACACAAGAAGCCCGAAUGCCCGAAGUUGAAGGCUGGUAAAGGAGGUGGGGGUACAAAUCCUGCAAUUACAUCGUCUUCUAAGGGACUCACUAUGGUGACACGAGGUCGUGCUCACCAGAUGACUGCAGAUGAGCCGGUGAUUAUCGCGACAGUGGCAGGCACUUAUUUGCUAGAUUCUGAGCCCGCCGUUGUUAUGUUUGAUAGCGGUGCUACCCAUUCUUUUGUAUCUUGCACGUUUAUGACCCUAGGAGUGUUAGGAAGCCUUUUGGAAAAGAUGAAUUGGUAG